ACAGUAAACACCUGAACAGUAUAAUUCUAAACUUUCUGGCGUGAACAACUUGUGAAGAAAUUCAAAGAAACAAUGAUUCAAAUAAAAAGUGACAUUAGUUACGUAAAGAAAAAUCUUAAAACAGAAUCGACUGAAACUACUCCUGUUACUGGUUGGAGACAUAAUAAAUCAGUAGAAAUUUGUCGUAUUAAAAACUCAUCUCUUUUACCUUUGCAAAAGGAGGUACGAAUUAUCUUAAAAAGAGUAAAAAUUCCACUGACGUCAUCAAAUCAAAUGAAUAAAACAUCAAAUGAAGUUAAAAUUAUCUUGAAGAGAGUGAAAAUUCCUAACAAGUUACCGUAUCAAACAAAUUCAAAAUCAAUUGAUAUUCCCAUUAGCAAUAACACUGACAAUCAUCUUGUCAGCAAUACAAUGCUCUUAAAACAGAAUCAACUAGCUGACACUGGAUUGGACCCGAUUUUGAAUGUAAUUUCUGAAAAUGUGGAUGUCAGCGGUAUUGAUCCAUUUAGAUUGAAACUGAUUCAGGAAGCUAUUAAAUCGGCAUCAAUUUCCAACGAGACUUGCAGAAAAUCGUUAAAAAGAAAACACGACUCAGACACACAGAGCUAUAAGCGAGAAAAUCUUUUAGCGGAUUUAAAAUCACUGUCGGCUUCGAUGAGUCAAUUAGGAAACAGCAUACAUUUACUUUUUACGGGAAUUCAGGAAAUAAAUCAUUUUUACAAAGGAUGUAAAUGUAAGUCAGAAUUACAAGAAGAAUGUCAAUGUUCAAGAUGAUGAAAAUGAUGAUAUAGUUUUUUAAUUCAACUCAGCAUAAUAUACAACAAAAAAAAAUUAUUUUCAAAUUCAAAUACAAAAAAGGUUAUUCUUCUAAAGCAAAAGUUCAAAUUAAGGAGAGGUUCCCAUUGAGGGAGUCAAAAAAAAAAUCAAUUUUUUUUUUAUUGCAUUUUUUGAAAGCUAUAUAUGUGUGUAAAACGAAUUUUUUUGAUCUGACGAAAAUUUUCCCUUCUACAGCGUCUUGAACUCACCAGCGUCACGAGCGCUGCGAGGUCGUAAAACGUCCGCCAUAUUGAAUCCGUCAUUUUGAAUUUUGAAAAUCUGACAUCAUAUUCGUAAAAUAGACAAAUAUUACACAUAAAAAUGUUUUCAAAAAUUUAAGGAGGGUGGCGGGUCAACAUAACCUCAAAAACCUGUCAAAACUAAAAAAAUUGUUUUUAACGCAAACAAAAAUAUAAUAAAUAUUAAUUUCAAACAA